GAUACUCCCACAACCAAACACGCCCUUUCUUUUUCGUUUCCGAAAGUAGGUUUCGCGUCUCACUUCAAGGCUUGGACAUUCAAUGAAAACGCAAUCUUGAAUGAUUUUCUGCUAUUUUUAAAAGAGAAAUGGAAGAACCAACCGCAGCCCAGAAACCACCACCGACCCAAGAUCCAAACCCACCAACCGCUGCCCAAACAACCCCUCUUCCUCCGCAACAAGAACCUCCUCAGCCACCCACACCACCAGAACAGCCAGCUAGCAAGAAAAGACCUCUAGAAAACAGAAAUGACCAUUUCCAAAACUCCAAGUAUUUCAAGAUGCGCCUUGUCCUAAAAGAUCUUCGUCCUCAUUUCAUCGAGGUGCUUCGAACGCCUGAUUUUCGAAAUUGCACAGCUGCCAACGAAAUUAAAGAAAAGAUGAAGCUUUUGGUAGAAUUAUACAAGCAGAUGACAGCUGAAACAGUAAGCGAGUCACUGCCAGGUGAAACUGGAAUGAAGCAGAAGCCAGAAGGACAGCCACAAGAGAAACAACAAUCUGAAGAUGGUAAAGCUCCUGGGACAUAUAUUGUUGGGGGUUCGGCUUUCGGCUGGAACUUCAUCACCUUUACUGGGAGCAAACCAGCCUAUUAUGGAGUAACAAAGGAAUCAUUUCGAAGUGCACAAGCAAGUUUAGGAGAGUGAAGUCUUUCUGACAUGUAUUGUUGGCUAAAUUAUGCAUUAACAGUGAAUGCUUUUGGAGCUCUACCUUAAUAUUAACAUCAAGGGAUUAUCAUUUGUAUAAUGAUUGUAGUAAAACCUACUUAUUGGGGUUUCAAGGGAUCUGUGAGUUUGAUUUCUC